UCGACCUCUCUGGGCUCCUGUAGUCUGGUGUCUAGACUCUUUGGCCUGCCGUCUACCUCAGCGCGGCGUGGAGAGACGCAGAGCAACCAAAUUCCGCAGAGCAGAAGGGGACUGGCAGAGGCGGCGCGAGAGAAGACAGAGCAUGGAGGCGGCGGCGAGGAAGACCGUGUGCGUUACCGGCGCAGGAGGCUUCGUUGCCUCCUGUCUGGUCAAGCUCCUCCUCUCCAAGGGACACUACGCGGUCCGCGGCACCGUGCGCAAUCCUGGUGAUGAUAAGAAUGCUCACCUCAAGGCACUAGACGGUACUGGGGAAAGGUUGCAGCUGGUCAGGGCUGACCUGCUGGAUUAUGACAGCGUUGCAUCAGCGGUUGCUGGCUGUGAGGGAGUCUUCCAUGUUGCUAGCCCUGUCCCUUUGGGCCGAUCAACCAACCCUGAGGCAGAAGUCAUAGCUCCCGCUGUAACAGGCACACUGAAUGUGUUGAAGGCUUGCUACGAGGCAAAAGUUAAGCGAGUUGUUAUGGUGUCUUCAAUGUCUGCUGUGUCCAAUAAUCCUAGCUGGCCUAAGGGUAAAGCCUUUGAUGAAGAAAGCUGGUCAGACGUGGACCUCUGCAGAAAGAGUGAGGAUUGGUAUUACCUUUCCAAAACACUUGCAGAGCGUGAGGCUUUUGCUUAUGCAGCAAAAACUGGGUUGGAUAUUGUAACUAUUUGCCCAUCAUUGGUAAUUGGCCCCUUGAUGCAGUCCACAGUUAAUGCAAGCAGCAAAAUCCUCCUUAAUUAUCUUAAAGGAGAACACGAGACUGUAGAAAAUAAAAUCAGGAACAUAGUGGAUGUUCGUGAUGUUGCCGAUGCUCUUCUUUUGAUGUAUGAAAAUCCAGAGGCGUCUGGACGGUACAUCUGCAGUUCAUCACCAAUUAAAGUGUCUGAUAUGAUAAACAUACUGAAGACCAUAUAUCCAAUGUACACUUAUCCGAAAAACUUUGAGGAAGUGGAACACAAUAUCAUUUACAGUUCAGAGAAACUUCAGAAGCUAGGGUGGACCUUCAGGCCUGUAGAGAAGACGCUCGGUGACAGCGUCGAAUCCUACAGAGCAUCUGGCAUCCUGAACUGAUCAUGCAGCUGAGACGAGUUUAGCUGUUGAUGGUUUGCAAACCCCUCUCCGAUUCAUGUAAACAGUGAAACAAUCAUCAAGGAGUCAUGUAACCCUAAAAUACGUAGAAGCAUUUAAAUAAAGAAAGAAUCAUGUGAAUUGUGAAA